AUGCCAGCAAUAGGAGGACUUUCCCGGCUGUUUAUGGACGAAGAUCGCCAAACCCGCAAAAAACCAGAGAGAAAGAACGAUGCAGUUGAAAACAAUGACGCACAAAAACCAACAGACGGUGAAAAGAACGGCACAAACGGCGACGUUUUGAUUGAAGGCUUUUCGAGUAAAACGACGUCGUCGAGUGGUUUCUCAUUGAUUCCACUUCAUUACCCGACGCGCACGGAGGAGGAGUACGAGAAGAUGGCGGAAUGGGAGGUUGGCCGGCUGCUGGCGUUGUACGGUCUGCCGACGGACGGUGACUUGGCUUACAAGAGGGAGUUUGCUUUAGGUGCGUUCGUCUGGCACCCUCGUCGUCAACAUGAUGAUCAACGCGAUCAAACACAGGCUUCUCCUAAUAAGUCUAAUUUUUAUAUUUUCGAGAAAUUAUAUUCUUCUAUUAUGCAUGGUUUUUUGCAGAGACUGCGACUGUAUUUCUCUUAA